AACCUAUUUUGGCUUUAUUUGAGGGAAAGAUUAAUAGCAAUGCCAACGACCGCGUUCGAGAAGAUAGAGGAUUAUCGGGGGCUUGCGUAGACUUUACUUACACAGUCCUGGAUCUAUGUAUUGUUGUUGUCGCUCAAUCGAAACUUGAGGACCCAAAAGAUGACGCUGCCCAACUUAUGUUCGAGCUCAAAGGUGCACAACAAUCAAACAAGUUAAAAGGAUUUCCCCUCAGAACCAUCAACGGCCUACUGUGCUCAAGAGACUCAUGGGAGAUAUGGAGUUGUGAUGUCAAUGGUGAUUGCAGUAGAAGUCAGCCACUUCCAAUGACUAACCACAGCAAGGAUGUCUCCUUGAAAAAUCUCGGGUUUCUUUUUGAAGUUGUCUACCACAUCUUUUUUGAAGCAUACAUAGGUGCUAUUGAGGCUUUAAUAAACCGCAGUGAGAUGCACCUUCCAGCAAAAUCACACCAAUGGCAGGCCUCAUUACACUUAGGCACGGAUGCAUUCAACAUGGCAAGAGUCGCAAAAGACAAUGUUCAAUUCCAUGAAGCUAUCAAGAAACUACAGGAAAGCUUUGAUUUAUUACCUGAUGAGCACGAUCGUGAAUUAGGUGGGUACCUUGAGGCAUUCAAGAGUGCUAUAUCUAAGUGAUCUUGUAUUGCCAUAGCCUUUUUGCUCCCACAGUUUUC